UUUUUACUCUUAUCACCAAGGACCACACAACAUCUGCAAAACACUUCUCUUUCAGUGAGUUUAGAAAUGAGAGGGAUGAAGAGUUUCUCCGUUUGGGCUCUCUUUGCUGCUUUACUUUCACAGCAGCUCUUUGCUUCUGUUGCUUCCAUAAGGUUCGAGGAUGCGAAGACAUACUACUCUCCUCCUGACCCACAUGCAGGAACUCCUCCCACUGUCUCACAUGGAACUCCUCCAGCACACGGUGGAAGCUACACUCCAACUCCUUCCACUCCAUCAUACACGCCUCCUUCUAACUGUGGAAGUCCACCUUACGACCCUACUCCUUCUACUCCAUCUCACCCAAGUCCAUCUCACCCUUCAACUCCAUCUCACCCAUCAACUCCAUCUCAUCCUUCAACUCCAUCACACGCCCCUCCUUGCAACUGUGGAACACCACCUCACGAUCCUUCAACGCCUUCACACCCUUCAACGCCUUCACACCCUUCCACGCCUUCACACCCAACGCCUUCAAAUCCCCCUUCUGGUGGAUAUUACUCAUCUCCUCCCCCAAGUACUCCGGUCGUUGUGACUCCACCAACACCCAUUGUUGACCCAGGCACACCCAUCAUUGGAGGAAGCCCACCAACUCCCAUUAUCGAUCCAGGCACUCCUGGAACUCCUUUCCUUCCUGCUCCAUUCCCACCAAUCACUGGAACAUGCGAUUACUGGAGAAACCACCCUACAUUAAUAUGGGGCUUGCUUGGCUGGUGGGGAACUGUUGGAGGAGCUUUUGGUACAGUCAGUACCUCCAGCAGCAUUCCAGGGUUUGAUCCUCACAUGAACCUUCUUCAGGCACUUUCCAACAGCCGCACUGAUGCCAUUGGUGCUCUCUACCGUGAAGGCACAGCGUCUUGGUUAAACUCCAUGGUCAACACUAGGUUCCCUUUCACAACCCCUCAAGUCAGAGACCACUUCGUUGCAGGGCUUUCCUCAAACAAGGCAGCCACAAAGCAGGCCCAUACCUUCAAGCUUGCUAAUGAAGGUCGUCUAAAGCCCAGAAACUGAAAUUAAGAGAGUUUCAUUUCUCAGUUUGUUUGUUGGUUUAUAUCAAAAAGCAAUCUUAAUUAUUUAUCUUAUCAUGUGUGCGCUCAGUAGAGAGUUUUCAAGUGUCCUAUAGACUCUAGUAAUAUUUGCGAUGGAUACUAUCUCUUUUUUAUAUCUAAUGUUGCUGUUUCAAAAUAUUUCUUGAUCUUAAAUAAUAUUUAGUAGCUCCCCUGUUUCUCAA